AUGCCACGCCCUGCAUCCCAUCUAGCACCCAUGCCUUCAGAUCAUCCAGACUUCCGAUCCAAGUCCGCUCGUCUUAGAUGCCAACCGCCCCGUACAAACAACUGCGGCACAUUCAAACAACCACCGUCAGUCGCUGCCACUAGCCGUCCAAAGCCAGGCAACCCAUUCCUCCAGCCCCCAACCAAAGGCACGCCUCCCCCAAAGAAGAAGAAGAAGAACCACACAGAAGGAUGCCACACACACGAAGCCAAUCCAGAACCAAACACCAAACACACAGAAACAGAGCCCCCAAUCAUCUCCCACUGCCCUCCUCCACAUCCAGGGCCCACUGCAACCCCGAAUCUCCUCCCUUGCCCAAACCCCACUUCAUCAUUCUGUCAAAACACCAGAGACAGCCCCAGCUUGCCCCCCAACGUCCAAACAUGGUCCAUAUUCCCGAAACACCCCUCCAAAGACGUCACAGCCCAAGUCAAAUCCCAAUCCGUAUCCCACCGAGCCCCUAUAACCUAUCAACCGCCAAGACCUACUACUACCUCCAACCCCCGUAUCUCCCAAUCCUAUCACAUGAAAUCCAUUUCAUCGUACCUCUCCUUUGCCCAUAUGAACAUCACACACACAACAGAGCAGCACGCCGAGAACCAGCCACACUGGAAAACAAUCCUCGACAUCGCUCCAUUCGUCUCAAUUACAUUCCCAGCCAUCAUGUGCCUCAUCUUCGACGAAGACAGUUUUGAAGAGAGUCCUUUCCUCAGGUUCAUUACACUACUCCUCCCCUUCUCAUACUCAGCAGUACAGUAUGCCUUACUCUACACCAACUGGAAGUCACAUAACAAACCAGAGCCCAUCCUGCACACCACACUCUACUACACACUCAGUCUCCUGCUUCUUGCAUUCACCAUCAUCUCCAUCCUUUCAAUCAUUCCAUUCUCCCUUAAUGAAUGGGAUCAUGCUGCCUCAUUCUUCUACCCUAUCGUCCUCCCCUCUUUUACCGUCCCACCUGCCUAUCUCCUUUCCAGCUCCUACUUCCUUGUCCCACGACAGAUCCGGCUCACAGACACUGUUAUCAGCAUACUGAUAUCAGUAUGCAGUAUAGUAAAUGUGCUACUUGUGUUCAAGGAAUUCAAUUACUAUCCUUACUCUGCAAUAAUAUCCUCCAUCUCCGUCCUUCUACAACUACUCAGCGAGAAGCACUGUCUAUUCAAGCAGAGUCCUCCAUCUACUGCAUCAUCGAGGGCUGCCGUUCUUAUCCUCACCCUCAUCCUUGCUGUCCUUGUCUACACAUUUCUGGGGUAUGGAGCCAUCUACAUCCUGGAUGACCACUUCCACCUACUUGGCAAGAUGAAGAGUAUCCUUCCAUCAGAACCUCACCAAUAA